GAUGAUAUUUCCUCUUCGGCAGCGCGUAUUUUGAAUAAAAAAGCCACACCGAACACUUGGAGAUUCUUAAAAUGUUUAAAACCGCGGUACAGGGACAGAAUUAUAGAUAGGAGCAAUGAAUUUUUUUGUUUCGUAGUUCGAAAACGGGGUUUUUAGCUUUUUGCUAAGCUAGCUAAACAGUCACACUCGACUUAAAACUUAACAAACAUACAAGUUUUGGAUUUAUGUGAAAUAUUAAAGUGGUGUGGAUGUAAUUUUCGCUUUAUUACGUCUAAUUAAAGCAAAGUUAAGUGACUAAAAGAGACAUUCGUUCCAUUUUUUUCCCCGUAGAAAUUGGCUUGAAAACACAAGCACAUGUUUUAACCCCGCCCACAUGUCUAAAUAAGCCAAUAAGAUUUGAGAAUUACUUCCCUAUUUUUCCCCGUGGUAAAAACAUGGCAGCUGCUACAAACCGUGAUGACAUUUCGUCUUCGGUUUCGCGUAUUUUGAAUGAAAAACGCCACCCCGAACACUUGGAGAUUCUUAAAACUUUUACAACCGCGUUACGGGACCAGAAUUACAGGGAUGUUGUGGACGUAGAAGCAUUUUCUACUCUUCUGAAGAUCUUCUCUGGAUUAAGCAGUGACCUCCAAACUUGCACCGAUCAGGACGUAAAAUCCGUCGCUUUGCAACUGCAAUUCGCUGCUGAGUGCUUCCGGGCUCUGAGAAACUCCUGUGUGCAAAGUUCUCGCAACCAGAGCCUUCUCCGGGAGCUUGGUUUUAUUGAUGUUUCCGUUCAGCUCUUGAGAUUCCUUCACGCAAAUCCAAAAAGUUGGGAAGGCGUUUUUGAGCGUAAGUCAUUAAAAGCGCUGCGUUGUGGGAUCCAGUUUCUUGGGAAUUUAUCCGUAGGGAACCAAAUAUGUAAAGAUGAAAUUUGGCGGCUAAGCUUUCCAGGGCUUCUCUUGCAACUUCUCAACGUUGACGACGAGAAGACUGUUAGCUACGCUUCCAUGGUGCUCCACACCUGCCUGGAUGACUCAAAGGUGGAAGAAAUGUCCGAGGUGCAGAACAUCCAACUAGCACGAAAGGUGGUGGAACUUUGCCGGACUCAACCCGAGCUGGAUUGGACGGUCCUUAUUGUGACUCAACAUUUUUUGAAGUCUUUAUCGUUGGUUGAAAACAUCUUCUCUGCAAUGUCUCCCUCUGAAAGACUUACCCUGUUAGAGUUGAUUUCUGCCCAGCUAUGUGGCGACGAAUCACUCGAUUGCGGCAUCCCUCCUGGCGUGGCUGGCUUGCUCGCUUCCUCCUUUCAGAAAGGAUGCGGAGCUGUCCUGAGCCUUGCUUCCAGCUCUGCCUCUAACGAUGAGCUCCUGCAGGAGGCACUGACAGUGAUCAGUUUACUCGAUUUACUGUGUGAAAUGACAUCACGCCAAGGACAGUUCAUGUUCCUGCAGGACCAUCCGGACCUUUUGACGACCACUGUAGAGCUCCUGAAGCAGGUUCACAUCAUCGGGAAGAGCAGUAAGAACAUCUUCAGCCCCGCUCAAAAUUUUGACGACGAGGAUAAGCAGUCGUCCAGCGGGUCUCCUGUUAUCAGCUUCAAAGCUCAUCUCAUCAGGCUCGUCGCAAAUUUGUGCUACAGCCACACAAAUAACCAGAACAAGGUGAGAGAACUGGAAGGCAUCCCCCUCAUUUUGGACAACUGCAGAAUCGACAGCAACAACCCAUUCAUCAGCCAGUGGUCUAUUUUAGCCAUUCGGAAUCUCUUUGAAAACAACACGAAGAACCAGGAGGUGCUAGCCACGUUUGAGCGCCGCGGCGAAGCUGACUAUUCUGCUCUCAAGGACUUGGGCUUCACCGUGGAAGAACGGGACGGCACAUUGUUGCUUAGAACCACCGGGAAGGAUAUGUGAGGUUCUUGAGCGUGGCCCACGAGUGGAAGACAGGUUUAAAAAUCAUGUCAAGAUGUAUCAUGUCAUAGGUUUUAGGGCCUCUUAAUGCUAAUAUCCAAAGAUUUUAAUAUACCGUAAUUUUCGGACGGUAAGCCUGCUACUUUUUCUCUUCAUUUUGUAUCCUGCGGCUAAAAGUCCAGUGCGGCUUAUUUGUUGAUUUAUUUGGGGUAAUAGGUAACACAUGCCUACUACCAUGCAUUGCAGUGCUACAGUGCUAAUUAUUUCUUGCAGCUGUCCUCACUGUAUUAUGGGAUAUUUACAUGAACAAUAUUAACCGAGAACACUUUAUUUGGCCGCGCCAUCAUAAGACUGUCAUCAGACGAAAUGAACCACC